UUUGCUUUCCCCUCCGCUCGGUUUGGGGCGAGUGGGCUAAAAAAACAAAUGUCCCGGCUUGUGCAACAUGCUCUCUGUGUUUGUGUGUCUUGAUUAAUUAGCCGGCCGAUAGCGGGAGAGCCAGCGGGCCGCGGAGAGUUCACUGAGGUGACUCCGUUCCGGUAGAAACGCGAGCCUAUCUUCAAUCGGCGGCCUUCGAGUAAUGUUUCCCGUGUCUGGUUGCCUUGGUUACUCCUAAAAUAAUCCAGUGACAGAGGAUCUAUUUAUUGGUGUCAAGUAAGUGUGCUGUGUUGAUGAUAUGAAAUCUCUUUGACAAGCGCGUCCUGCCCUGUCGUAAAUAUUUAUGGCCGGAGGUGUUUGCGGAGGGACGUCUACCGCCUUCAUUUCAUUUGCGGUCAAUGACGCUGCAGAAAAAUCGAGUAAAAAAAAAAAAAAGUGAGGAAAGCGCAGGGAGGGAUACAGAUUGGAAAUAUCCAAAUAGAAUGAUUCAAACGUGUUAACACAAACUGUUUACUAUUCCGAAAAACGUUCACAAUGUACGCGCUGUCGCUCGCGUGACCAUUGGACUCCGCGUGAGGCGAUAAACACCUGUUGGGUUUCGGAGAUGUCGGUGGGGGCAGGUGUGCGUGUUUGUGCAAGUGGGCGGAGAGAGCAGGUGAUAUAAAUCGACGACGGGGGGGGGGGGCCGGCGUUCGCACUUCUCCGAGCCGUCACGGCCGAUGCUUUGAUUGGUCUCGCCGCUAUCCGGACGAGGGUUCCCGCGUGGCGCUUUUGUAAUUCGAAGGGUGGGCAGGGUGGGAGGGAUUCGAUCAUGCAUCCGACCGUGGAAGUGGUGGCAUUGAUCCUGGGCUUCCUCGGCUGGGUGAUGGUCGGGGUGGCGCUGCCCAACCGCUACUGGAAGACGUCCACGGUGGACGGCAACGUCAUCACCACGUCCACCAUCUACGAGAACCUCUGGAUGUCCUGCGCCACCGACUCCACCGGCGUGCACAAUUGUCGGGAAUUCCCGUCCCUGCUAGCGUUGAACGGUUACAUCCAGGCGUCCCGCGCCCUCAUGAUCACGUCGGUGGUGAUGGGCGCCUUUGGCUUGAUGGCGGCGCUGGUGGGCGUGCAAUGCUCCAAGGCGGCCGGCGACAACUACGUGCUCAAGGGUCGGAUCGCGGGGGCCGCCGGCGUUCUUUUCAUCCUGCAAGGUUUGUGCACAAUGGUGGCAGUGUCCUGGUACGCCUUCAACAUCACCCAGGAGUUCUUCGACCCGUUCUUCCCCGGCAUAAGGUACGAAAUCGGCGAGGGGCUCUACAUCGGGUGGUGCUCGGCCCUGCUCGCCAUCGCCGGCGGGGCCUGUCUCGUGUGCUCCUGCAGGGUGGGCUCGGAGAAUAAGUACCCUCUGCCUCAUCAGAGCCGGGGUACGGUUUAUUCCGGACCGGCCCAGACCAGGAGCGUAGCUGCCAGCACUUAUGGCCGAAAUGCAUACGUUUGAAUGGAAGUUUUCUUUUUAUACUCAUCAAAUGAUUGUUUUCUAGCAGAAUAGACUCAUUGUUUUCUUAUAUUUUGUAUGCAGUGUUUAUUUAUGUCAGUAUUCAUAUGCGCAUAUCUGUUCAUUUGAUUCUCAAUUAUUAUUAGUUUUUUUUUGUACAUUUGCUUUUACAAUGACGCGCAAUAAACGGACUACGCAUGUUAAACACUG